UCGUUCUUGGUUCAUUCAUCACUACUAUUUAGCCUAGUUCAUCAUUUUAUUCUUCAAUGCCAAAGGAAAGAGGCUGGUCUACUAAACAGCUUGACCUCAUCGUUGGAUCUUCAUAAACCCACUUUCCUUAUCAUUUUCAUUCUUGAUUCUUUAAAUCAACUUCUGCUUAAUUAGCCUUGUUCGCGAUCCAAGAGAAAGUUUAAUGAGUACUUUGUUUAGCAGUGGACUAGAACUGGCAGAGUGCAUGGUGGCUUCAGAUCUUCUUCGUUGUUCAUGGGAAACCAUUAAUGACCUUCACAAAAAACCCAGGAGCUCCAAUGCACCCGCCCCGUUGUCACCAUUCUCUGUUACGUAUGAAACUUAUCAACAACCCAAAUAUGAAAUUCUCGCUUUUGCUUGUCCUUCUUCAUCCUCUUCUGCCGGACAACAGCAGCAACAACAAAUACGAGCCAAUCCAUAUUUAUCUAUCAAUAUAACAGCUAGAGCUCUUUACCGCUCCCUCCCGGAUGGCCUGUUCGUGCAGUUGGAGAAGUCUUCAAGACCACUCAUUGUCACUGGUAAUUCUCUGGGAGGAUUGGUUGCUUCACUCGUCACCUUGGAGAUCCUACAGAGAUUCUCUUCUUCGAAGACCAAUGAUCUCCCUCUCCCUCUCCCUCUAUGCAUCACCUUUGGUUCUCCAAUUGUUAGCAGCAAUGGCCUCCGACAAGCCAUUUAUGAUCGACCAAUAUGGAAUUCUCAGUUCUUGCAUGUAGUCUCUGUUCAAGAUCAGAUACCUCUUCUUUUAAUCCCAUCAAACAGUCCCAGUGUUAGCGAUCCAUCAACUUCCCAUUCAAAAGGUUAUAAUAAGCCUUUUGGUACAUAUCUAAUGUGCUCUACAUCAGGUUGUGUCUGUUUAAAUAAACCAGAUUCAGUUACACAAUUGCUGGAGGCUAAAGGAAGAUCUCAGUUGGAUAAUCCUAGUGUGGAUUAUGGCAAUAUUUUGGGACAUUUAGAAGAAUUCAAUACGUCUAGACUUGAGGAAUAUGGAAAUAUUUUGGAAGGCCUCAAAAAAUCAAUUAAUUUGUCCAACGGGUUUUCAUCACGGGUACCCGGAUUGUCUGAUCUUUCUUUGCUUGAGGUUGGAAGGCGUAUGCAGCUGGAGGAAACUGAAGUUACAAAAUUUCAGGAGUACUACAACUUGCAUGGCAUUUUGAUGGCAGACAUAGAGAAGCAGGAAAGAGAGGAUUCUGAAAUGGAGUUGAAUAAAGCAAAAAUCAAUAUGGCCAAACUUGAAUGGUUCAAGAAGGACUCCUGGACUACUGUGGGCAGCGGCUACUAUGACUGCUACAAGAGCAUACCCUCUGAAAGUGGUGAAGUAAUUAAGUGGAAGAAGUCUCUCACAGAAUAUUGGAAGAAGGUGGUAGAAGAAGCAACUCAAAAACCCCAGCAGAAAGGAGGUGUUCCAUUACAAUUACGCUAUCUUCGUGCUGGAACAAAUUAUAGAAGGAUGGUUGAGCCUCUUGAUAUUGCAGAUUUCUACAAGAUUCCAGGCCAAAAGAAGUAUCUAAAACAUAGACCCAAGCAUUAUAAACUGUUGCAGAAAUGGCAGGAGGAUGAUGAUGAGAAAGCAGCGGCGGCGGAGGCUGCGGCAGCAAAGAAUCAGAAGAAAUUAUCGAUAAGGAACAAGGCAGAAGGAUGGUUGAAACUCUGUAUUCUUGGGCUUGUUGGACAUACAAUCUUAUUCACCCCAGAUAAAAAGAAUGAGAUGAAGUACUUAUCGAUGAGGAACAAGGCUGUUACUUUAACAGAGGAUUCUUGUUUUUGGGCACAUGUGGAGGAUGCUAUGAUUUCAAUACAGCUGUUGAAGAAUGGAAAGGAAGCCGACUGUGAACCAGAAGAAUCACUAGACGUGAAGGAGUUUGAGAGUUAUGUAAUGGGUUUGAUAGAAAAUCUUAAAGUUUCACCAGAGAUUUUCUUGCAGGAGAGUAGCUUCAUGUGCUGGUGGAGAGAGUACUAUAAGACCCCAAUAAAAGAUGGAAAUAGUUCACCACUGAUUGAUUAUAUGAAGGCAGAAAAGUAUGUAGAGUAUGCCUAGCUAGCUAGUAGGAGCUUAGCUUACUACAGGGAAAUGUAACGCAUCUCGGAGAAUUUUGUAAUUCCAAUCAGAAACAAUCUAUUUUAAUAAACAAAGAUAAAGAUGAACGAUUGCUUUUU